GAGUCGCGGGCUGCGCAAGAUGGCGACGGCGGCCGCAUCCUCGGCUUCCGAACCGGAGGUCGAGCCCCAGGCCGGGCCUGAGGCCGAGGGAGAAGAGGACGAGGCGAAGCCGGCCGGUGUAGGGAGGAAGGUGCUGUCGGAGGCUGUGGCCGCCUCCGCGGCCGAGGCCAAGGACCCGGGCUGGGACCUGCAGCAGGAAGGCGUGAGCGAGAGCGACGGGGAUGAGGAGGACGCCAUGGCCUCCUCUGCCGAGAGCUCCGCCGGGGAGGACGAGUGGGAGUACGACGACGAGGAGGAGAAGAACCAGCUGGAGAUCGAGCGGCUGGAGGAGCAGCUGUCCAUCAAUGGCUAUGAUUACAACUGCCACGUGGAGCUCAUCAGGCUGCUGCGACUGGAGGGCGAGCUCAACAAAGUGAGGAUGGCUCGCCAGAAGAUGAGUGAGAUCUUCCCCUUGACUGAAGAGCUCUGGCUGGAGUGGCUGCAUGAUGAGAUCCGCAUGGCCACGGAUGGCCUGGACCGCGAGCACGUCUACGAGCUGUUCGAGAGAGCCGUGAAGGACUAUAUCUGUCCGACAUUUGGCUAGAGUAUGGCCAGUACUCAGUUGGGGGCAUUGGUCAGAAAGGUGGCCUCGAGAAGGUUCGCUCUGUGUUUGAAAGAGCCCUGUCAUCUGUUGGCCUACACAUGACAAAAGGCCUGGCCAUCUGGGAGGCUUACCGAGAGUUUGAAAGUGCCAUUGUAGAAGCUGCUCGGCUGGAGAAAGUGCACAGCCUCUUCCGGCGACAGCUGGCGGUCCCGCUGUAUGAGAUGGAGGCCACUUUUGCAGAGUAUGAAGAAUGGUCAGAAGAGCCCAUACCAGAGUCUGUCCUUCAGAGCUAUCAGAAAGCGCUGGGCCAGCUGGAGAAGUACAAGCCUUUCGAGGAGGCGCUGUUGCAAGCAGAGGCCCCACGGCUGGUGGAGUACCAAGCUUACAUCGAUUUUGAGAUGAAAAUUGGGGAUCCUGCUCGCAUUCAGUUGAUCUUUGAGCGUGCCCUGGUGGAGAACUGCCUGGUUCCAGACUUAUGGAUCCGCUACAGUCAGUACCUAGAUCGGCAGCUGAAAGUAAAGGAUUUGGUUUUAUCUGUACACAGCCGUGCUGUGAGGAACUGCCCAUGGACAGUCGCCCUGUGGAGUCGGUACCUCCUGGCCAUGGAGCGGCACGGCCUGGACCAUCAAAUGAUUUCUGCGACCUUCGAGAAUGCCCUGAGUGCCGGAUUCAUCCAGGCCACUGAUUAUGUGGAGAUCUGGCAGGUGUACCUAGACUACCUGAGGAGAAGGGUUGACUUCAGACAAGACUCCAGCAAGGAGCUGGAAGAGCUGCGGUCCAUGUUCACACGUGCCCUGGAGUACCUGCAGCAGGAGGUUGAGGAGCGUUUCAGCGAGAGUGGAGAUCCAAGCUGCCUGAUCAUGCAGACCUGGGCUCGGGUUGAGGCUCGCCUGUGCAAUAACAUGCAGAAAGCUCGAGAACUCUGGGACAGCAUCAUGACCAGGGGAAAUGCCAAGUAUGCCAACAUGUGGCUGGAGUAUUAUAACCUGGAGAGGGCACACGGUGACACACAGCACUGUCGGAAGGCUCUGCACCGAGCGGUCCAGUGCACGAGUGACUACCCUGAGCACGUCUGCGAAGUGUUGCUCACCAUGGAGAGGACAGAAGGGACCUUAGAAGAUUGGGAUCUGGCCAUUCAAAAAACGGAGACGCGCUUGGCUCGUGUGAAUGAGCAGAGGAUGAAGGCCGCAGAGAAGGAAGCGGCUCUUGUACAGCAGGAGGAAGAAAAGGCUGAGCAGCGGAAGAAGGUGCGGGCAGAGAAGAAAGCCCUGAAGAAGAAGAAAAAGCCACGAGGUGCAGACAAGCGCAAGGCGGACGAGGACGAUGAGAAAGAGUGGGGUGACGAGGAGGACGAGCAGCCUUCCAAACGCAGGAGGAUGGAGAACAGUCUGGCGGCUGCAACGGCUGCAGCUAUGGAAGAAGAAACAGAACUCGCUGGGAAGUGCUUGACAGUAGACGUUGCUUCUCCUUCCAAGCAGAAGGAGAAGGCAGCCUCCCUGAAGCGGGACAUGCCCAAGGUGGCUCACGACAGCAGUAAGGACAGUGUCACCGUCUUUGUCAGCAACCUGCCCUACAGCAUCGAAGAGCCAGACGAGAAGCUCAGGCCACUCUUUGAGGCCUGUGGGGAGGUGGUCCAGAUCAGGCCGAUCUUCAGCAACCGUGGGGACUUCCGGGGCUACUGCUAUGUGGAGUUUAAAGAGGAGAAGUCUGCCCAGCAGGCCCUGGAGCUGGACAGGAAGAGUGUGGAAGGAAGGCCGAUGUUUGUGUCCCCCUGUGUGGAUAAGAGCAAAAACCCCGAUUUUAAGGUGUUCAGAUACAGCACCACCCUGGAGAAACACAAGCUCUUCAUCUCAGGCCUGCCCUUUUCCUGCACCAAAGAGGAGCUCGAGGGCAUUUGUAAGGCCCAUGGCACCGUGAAGGACCUCAGGCUGGUCACUAACAGGGCUGGCAAGCCAAAGGGUCUGGCGUAUGUGGAGUAUGAAAAUGAGUCGCAGGCGUCACAGGCUGUGAUGAAGAUGGACGGGAUGACCAUCAAAGAGAAUGUCAUCAAGGUGGCAAUCAGCAAUCCCCCUCAGCGGAAAGUUCCAGAGAAGCCAGAAGGGAGGACAGCACCAGGGGCCUCCAUGGUCCCCCGGCAGACGUAUGGAGCGCGUGGGAAGGGAAGGACCCAGCUCUCUCUUCUUCCUCGAGCUCUGCAGCGCCAGGGUGCUGCUCCUCAGGCUGCGAAUGGCCCAGCUCCAGGGCGGGCAGUUACCACUUCAGUGGCCACCGAGGCUCCUAAGAUGUCCAAUGCUGAUUUUGCGAAGUUGCUUCUGAGAAAGUGAGCAGGACUUUGAGAUGGGAAAUGCCUUACCUCCUGCGUGCUGGCCGGGCUGGCCGCCCACUCCCACUCCUCAGUGUAGAUGGCAAGGGAGAGCCCGCGUGGAGCAUGGUGGUAAGGAGUGUUCCCUCACAUUGAGGGCGGAGGCUGACCGACCGCUCUACGGGCUGUCCCGAGGUGCAUUAGUGUCCUAACAAGGAGAGACUUGGCUUUCGAGGCCCACUUGUCCUGAUACUUUCACCGCCUCGGGCCCUUUUUCUACGAACCCCUUUCCCGGUCCUGCACAGCACGUGUGCCCAUCACUCUUCAGUGUGGAAGACCGGGUGGAAGAGCUCGGCACUCAGCAGGAUGGCCUGUUCGGUGAAGUGCGGGAUAUCGCAGAAGACAGACACGCUUGAUGGGUUUUUGUCCAAAGAGGCUAUGAGUUUUUUUUUAUUAUGUAUUUGUAAUUGACACUUCGACUGUUUGAUGUUCCCUAAAAGUGGAACAUCUGCGACAUGUGUCAUAGCAUUUGUGUGACGCUGCCCACUCUGGACCCUUUCCUCGGCCUGAUGACUGGAGACCUAAGCCCUGUCAGACACUCAUGUCUAAAUGCCAUGUCUAGUGCACAGUUGAGUUCCCCACUUAGUUUUGUUUAUUAAACUGAAGUUCUUACAGAA